GAGUCCGUUCGGUUGAAAUUCGUCGUGCUAGCGACGGCGUCAGUGAUCCGUCGGCCGUCGGCCGGUCGCGUUUUUUAAUCCGCGGUUGUUUGUUUUCAGUCUCAAUUCUCAUGUUCAUCAGCGCACGUGAUAAACACGGACAAAUAAUCGCCCGGAGACGCGAGUGUGGUAUGCGUUAGCAACGAUUGCGGUCAACCAGUCCAACGGCUCAACGGUUGUGUAUCGCAUGAAGGUGUCCGCGCGUCCCCGUCGCUCGAGAGCCAUCCGUCGGCCAACUUCAUUGCCGUCAGGUGCCGAGACUGCCGAGUGACGCAAAUCGCAGCUCGCUUGCCGUUUCGCGUUGCUGCGACGUAAUAAAUUGAGCAUCGCGCACAUCGGAAAUGUCGUGCAAGUGCAAGGUGCCGCGCGAUCUUCGUAUCAGGUGUUUAGGUUACCGCCGUACUCACGAGCACCAGCCGAGCACUUGUUAGAUUGCGACCGAAGCUCGUCGCGCUAGCAACGGCGUCAGUGAUCCGUCGCCCGUCGGUCGAUCGUGUUCUUCAAUCCGCGGCUGUUUGUUGUCGGUCUUAAUUCGUAUGUUUGUCAGUGCACGUGAUGAACGCGGAUACAAUAAUCGUCCGGAGACGCGCGUGUUGUGAACAACACAUGUGUUAGCGACGGCCGCGGCCAACCGGUCGAAAGGUUAUGGUACGCUGCGCGAUGCGACGCGAAGGUGUCCGCGCGAUCACCUGGCGCCCGAGAUUCGUCGUCUGCCGCGUUGACUUCCCCGACGACGCGGCGACGUCGCGAGUGACGGAUGGGUGCAGAUAACACUUUCGUCGUUUCGCAUUAAUUUCCCGUUGUCGCGAUGUAAUGAGCUGCACGUUGUGCACGGAAAUGCCGUCUAGGAUGUUGCGCGAUCGUGGUGCACCGUCAACAGAAGUGUCGUCGAGGAUGUCGCGCGAUCGUCGAGGUGAUUAUUGCUAAAACUAUGUAGUAGUGUUUUCGUAAGUGAGUGCUGUAAGAAAGCAACGAGCAGUUACAAGAGAAGAGGAGGAGAACUUGGGAGGCACCAGACAACGACGCGGCGGAGCAACCACGAGGUCGACGUGGAAAACUCCGCUGCUGCGCAUCGUGUGUCGAAGCGGAGAUCGCGCGCGGCCAAGAUGGAGCGGUGGACCGUGUACGCGAUGACGCUGCAGCUCCUCGCCGCCAUCGCUUGUGCUACCGAGGAUUUUCGCCACAUCUCGUAUGAAGAUUUAGCGGAGACCAGUAUGUUUCGGCAAGAGGGGGUCACGACUUAUUCUCAGCUGCUUUUCGACGUGGCGCGACAGCAAGUCGUUGUCGGAGCACGGGAUAAUUUGUACCGCUUGACGCUGACGUCGCUGACGGACCUGGAGCACGCCUCCUGGUCCGCGCCGGAGGACAAGGUCAACACCUGCCAGAAUAAGGGCCAGAGCGUCGAGGAUUGUCGUAAUUACGUCAAGGUCCUGCUCAGCAACGGCAAGAGCCUCUUCACCUGCGGCACUUACGCAUUCAGCCCGUGGUGCGCGUGGCGAGAGAUCGAGAAUAUAACGAGCGUGACCAGCGAGAUGUCGGGCGUGGCCAUGUGCCCGUACUCGCCGCAUGCGAACGUCACGGCACUUCUCUCGAGGGGUCCUUCCGGCGGACUCUUCGCCGGCGCACCGACCGAUUUCUCCGGAGCCGAUCCUGCGAUCUACAGAACUCUGGCCUCCCCGAAUCUCAGAACGCGACAAUACGAUUCCAAGUGGCUGAACGACCCGCAGUUCGUCGGCAGCUUCGAGACGGAGGAUCACGUGUACUUUCUAUUUCGCGAAUCCGCCGUAGAAUACAUCAACUGCGGCAAGAAAAUAUAUUCGAGGAUAGCGAGGGUCUGCAAAAACGAUCGAGGUGGGCAGAUCAUGAUGAAAGACGUGUGGACGACUUUUAGCAAGGCCCGCUUGAACUGUUCGCUCCCCGGCGAGUUCCCAUUCUAUUACGAUGAGAUCCAAGGCGCGGCCUAUCAUCCAGAAGAGGGAAUCAUUUACGCGACCUUCACGACUCCCAUUAACGGCAUCGCAGGCUCGGCUAUCUGCGCGUUCAACAUGUCGGCCGUCUUCGCCAGUUUUAACGGGCCUUUCAAGUAUCAGGAAAACGCGGGCGCCGCCUGGGAAAGACGACCAGUCGCCCAUCAUAAUCGCCAACGCUGCGGAUCUCCGUCCAGCACCGCGCCGCACCAAAUCAUGGACAAUCAGCGGUACCAGCUGAUGGACGAGGCGGUGCAAAGCACGAUGCUAGAGCCGCUGCACACCGCGACCCUCGAGCGAUUCAUCCACAUCGCGGUGGACGUUACCCCGACCAAGCUGCAUCGCAGCGUAACCGUUCUUUAUGUCUCCACGGCCACUGGUCUCAUUAAGAAGAUCUCGGUCUUGCCUAGGACCCAGGAGACUUGCAUCGUCGAAAUUUGGGGAUCCUUGCCCUCACCGCCGAUGACGUUGCAGUUCCUUAAGGACACUCAGAGUCUCUAUGUCGGCAUGGAGAUUGGCCUCUUGCGCAUACCUGCCGUUCAGUGUUACCGUCACCGGAGCCGUCAAGCGUGCUUGAACGCUCAGGAACCGUAUUGCGGGUGGAACGAGCAUCUCAUGAAGUGCGCGCAGGCACCAAAGCAGAAUUACCUGGCGAAUCAUUGGCAUCAAGAGGUCACCAAGUGUCCGGUGCUUACCGAUCCUGUUGACGGAGGCUGGAGCGCGUGGAGUCCUUGGUCGACCUGCCAACACGGCACGGGAGAACAAUCGUCCGGACACGGUCAUCCUCACUCGCACUCGCACAGCGAACACGCGGAGAAAAUCGAUACGUGUCAGUGUCAGACCAGAGAAUGUAAUAAUCCCCCGCCGCAGCACGGUGGCGAGAGUUGCACGGGUACGCGUGUCAGAGUGACAAAUUGUACUGUUCACGGCGGUUGGACCGCUUGGUCAGCUUGGUCAGCGUGCUCUCAGACCUGCGGUUUCGCGAUGAAGACCCGCCGGCGAACCUGCACGAAUCCGGCGCCUGCAUUCGGCGGGCGCGUUUGCGUCGGGCAUGAUCACGAUGAUAUCAUGUGCAUCGAUCUACCUCCUUGUCCCGCCCCUGCUAAAGCUACCCCGCCGCCUCAGAUUGGUCAGUGGUCGACGUGGGGUCCUUGGCAUGCGUGUUCGAAGCCGUGCAACGGCGGAAUACGUGUUAGAAAGAGAACCUGCGACAGCCCGUCGUCGAAGAAGGGCGGUGCCGAGUGUCCAGGAUGUGAUCAACAGAUAGAGGAAUGUAACGCUCAUGAGUGCACCGAGACGAAAAGAUACUCUGGAUGGACCCCUUGGUUGACCGUGAACGCCAGUUUACAAAACGGCAAUACGGUUUAUCUGGAAAAGCGUUUCCGAUUCAGUUGCCGAGCGCAGACGGACGAUCCGUCAAGCGUACGAGUACAGCUCGCGAAGGAGGAAGAACGUUAUUGUAGGAACGAUGGGUCCUGUCUGCGAGGGAAGGAAGCGUACGCGGAAUUUAUCAACGAGAAUGGCUGGGGCGAAUGGUCCUCUUGGGGCAUAUGCGACCGUCCCUGUGGAAGGGGUAGCCAGCAUAGAGUGAGACAAUGCGAAUCUCCACCAUGUGAAAAUGGUCUCACCAAGCAGAGCAGAGUCUGCAAUCCGCAUCCAUGUCGCGUGAAUCCUAGUAGCAAUACGGCGGAAGGUCAAUGGUCAUGCUGGACGGACUGGUCCGAAUGUUCAGCGAGUUGUGGCAUUGGAGUGCGUACGAGGACGAGAGAGUGCCUCGGUCCGGAGAGUUGCAGCGGUCCGAGAUCGAUCAGGGAGACCUGCGAAAUGCCCAGUUGCGAAUCGCUGGCCGGUUGGGACACGUGGUCUCUUUGGACCCCCUGCGACGGUGACCAUCAACAGCACCGAAAACGAAUAUGCCUUGAGCAUGGCUCAGGCAUGUGUCAAGGAAAAGAUCGCGAGAUACGCGAUUGUCUUCCGGACUGCAUGGAUAAUGAUGUAAAUGCUUUGCCUUCGAGCGUGGAGAAUUCAGGCGUCACGGUGGGCGCAGUGGUGGUCAGCUGUGUAAUUAGUUUCAUUAUCGGCUUGGCCUUAACCGCGGUAUUGUGCUUCUGCUACUUGAAGCGACGCAAGCCAAGCAUUCCAGGAAGUCCGCAUUAUAUCAGCAAACAGAAUUCUUACGUCAUCGUACCAUUGAAGGAGGUGAACGCUAAGCGACAGCCGAGUUUUUCGGGCAGCACCAACGGAAACGGUACUUUACGUGGCAAAAACAAUCCCAACGUCAACGGCCUCGGCAGCCCUAAGUUAUAUCCAAAGAGUCUCGAUUACGAAUCUGCUACUCUAAAGCGUAACAGUCACGGUCAACACAUCCGUGCUGAUCUUGAUCAGGACAAGUACUAUUGAACAAACUACGCGUUGGGAAUCGUGUAUCAGUGUCGUUUAGAUGGUGAUCUGUGUUCUGGUCUUCUCAGGCACGUGAUUUUUCGUGUGAUUUAUUUCUACAAGUGAGUCGCGGGUAACGUUGCCAACGACGAACGCGAACUCAUUUCAUUUGGCAGCUGUAUGUGAACUUUAUUGAUCGAUUAGAUUUCGAUCAACAUUAAAGUGGCAAAUGUGAGGACUGACUUCCUAUUAAAGGAAGAAUGUAUUUACUUAAUUAAGGUAAGGCGACAUCUUCGACGUAAAAAUGACAUACAUACGAUCAAGUAAGCGCCUGUCAAUAAGACUAUACGUUUUUAGUAUUAAAUAAGUGAUGUAUGUAUUCUUCGACGCGUUUGAGAGUUAAUGACGCUGUGAUUAAUGACGCAAAUUAGUUGACGAAAUUGUUCAAUGUUGAGCGAUGAAAAUUCGAAAGAUACAUAGUGAUAUUCUUUCUUCAAUUGCAGUGUUUUAAGAUAUAUAUAUGAGAUAUUUGUAAGUGCGUCAUUCGUCGCGCGAUGCGAUAACUCAUCGGACUCCGAGGAAAAAACCGUUGUUUCGAAAAAAAGUUUAUAAGAGUUUAUUUUUGUUUCUGUACAUAUUCGUGAAAAAGAGAGACAGAGAAUGCGAACGGAUGAAAUCGAGAAUCAAUCCCGCUCACACUUGGGCAUUCAACUUUGACUCAUCUGUAUAAAGUUUCAUGAUUUCUCAUGGGAAUGAAUUUUUAUAUAUUUCAUGUAUUUGUAAGAUUAUAUUCAUACAAAGUAACAAAAGGCAGAGAAGCCGCAUUUAUUGAGCUUGCGCUUGGUCUGCCAAGGAUUGAUGGAUUGAUUUAGAUAUAUAUUUACAGUUGUUGUACAAAUACAAAAUGUAUUAUGUAGGUUUGCCUGAGGAUAUAUUUGGAAGAGUCUUUUUUUGUUUUUAUUCGAAAAGAAUAUUGAAUUUUAUAUCGAGUAACGUAGUGCCAUGUUAUGGAGUUGUACAUAAAAUGCAUCUUCUUAAGUGUAAUUUUACGAAUGAAGCGAAUGCAUAUAUUAUGUAAGAAAUGAACACCACCUCGCGCGACGAUUGCAUAUAUAUUGGCUCACAUUGAGUCGCGCCCGCGAUUUACGUUUAUGCAUGCGACCGCUGAAAUAAUUCACCUUUCCUCCUUGUCCGGCCCAAGGAGAGAAGCAAAUCUCUCGUUUGAAACUUGGAAGAACCGCUGCCUUCUAGAACUUAAAAGUUUAAUCGCGUUAAUUGCUUCCCGCAAGUUUAUGUAAUCUGUCACGGGAAGAGAAUGUGAGAUAAUGACAUGUGAGGUAAGGUCACGAAAUUUGAUGACUUAAGGCGAUGCUGGACCAGUUUCUAUACGUGCAUAUUUUUGGACAGGCAUUUCUCGUAACUGGCUUUACAGAUCGCAAAAUCCUUUUCCGCAAUUAAAGUAGUAACAAAAACAUACACGGGAAACUAUAAUUUAGUACGAAAAACAAAAGUAAAUUAAAAAAUUAUAGUUUAAUUAUCGGCUUCUGCAGCCGACUCGUGACAACAUGUGCCCUAUAUAAAAGUUUUAGACUUUGUAUGUAUGAAAUAAGCAGUUUACUGCGUAUGAAUUAAAUAAAAGAACAAUACGACGCUUGCAGAAUGGUCCUAGAAGCUCUAGUAUGAGAGAAAUGGAUGUCUGAAAAUUGUUUAUGUAAUUUGCACGUGUAUUGGUGCAAAGAGCAGAAAUUGGGUUCAUUGUAGUUCAGAGAUCUUGCAUUAGAGGCGCUAAAAUAAAAAAAACAAGGACAGAUGAGUGCGUUUGACAAAGUGCGCUAGUCUAUUCCCCUUAAUCUUCGCCUCACGCGCGACCCACAGUUCGCCGAAAAAAAAUCUACAGCAAUCUGCAGUAUCGACGUUAAGUGAGUUCCACCGUCAGUUCAGCAUCGCCUUAACAAUGUUUGACAUUACUGAGCAUCAGAUAAAUUAUUAUUAUUCAAGGUCACAUGUAUGCGCGAGUAAUGAAUACUGUAUCCGAUGCAUUUAUCCCGCGCACUUGUUUGUAAUAAAGACAAGAUUCUUUUUUUUUACGGUU